AUGAAGCAGAUUUGGCAGCUUCAACACUCUAUUGAUGUAGUUAAUGUAGGCGAGGGCUACUAUCUGGUUCGAUUUACAUGUAAGGCUGAUUAUGUCCAUGUUCUGUUGGAUGGACCAUGGGUUAUUCUUGGGCAUUAUCUCACCGUCAGUAAAUGGCGCCCGGAUUUUCGCCCACUUGCCAAUGAACUACCGUCUACCAUGGUUUGGAUUCAAUUUCCGGGAGUGCCAAUUGGAUACUUUAAUGAAAACCUAUUACUUCGAUUAGGUAGUUUGGUCGGUCGAGCCAUCAAAACAGAUAAGCUUACAGCGGAUGCAUCGAGAGGGAGAUUUGCUAGGGUCUGUGUUGAGCUUAACCUCAAGGAUGCUCUGGUUUCCAAGGUGGGUAUCAACAAUGUGGAGUUUGUUGUUGAAUAUGAAGGUUUACACCUUAUUUGCUUUGAAUGUGGGAAGUAUGGCCACAAACAAGAUGGGUGUCCAUCGUUAAUGCCACCUAUGGGGACGGAAGUUGGGAAUGAUACUGUGCCCGAGGCGCCGGCUGUCGACUCCUUGCACACCGGCGUCGAGUCAGGGCAAAAGUUUGGACCCUGGAUGCUUGCCCAAUCACGUUCUCGGGGUACAGUCGGCCACACGCGUUGUACGAGUUCUGACAAAAUAGAUAAUCCCUCAUUCUCUGGUAAUGGUGGGAGGAGGACAGUGGGUCCAGCUAGCGCAUAUUCAACCAUUUAG